AUGACAAAGGCAUCAGUGGUGGACCAGUCCGCGCCGGCGUACGCGCCCAAGCGGCUGCUGGCAGAGGCGCGCGCGGCGUCGAAGGUGAACAUCGAGCAGGUCUUCGCGUUUCUGGAAGGCUCGCCGGAGAAGGCGGCGCUGACGAACGAGCUACUGGCGGAGUUUGCAGCCGACCCUGCGAUCACGCAGGGCCCGGAGUACUACGACCUCACAAAGGCCGAGCAGCGGGAGCAGACGGUGAAGAAGAUCGCGCGGCUGGCGCUGUACUUGGAGAAUGACAUUAAGCUGGCACGCAAGCAGCACCACAAGGACGUGGUGCGGGACCUGCAGUCGCCGGACGCGCCGAUGGUGACUAUGAGCGACAUGGAACGCUUCGAGAAGCGCUCAACGCUGGUGGCGCUGAUCGACCCGCAGCUGGCAACGCGGCUGGGCGUGAACCUGAGCUUGUUCGGUAAUGCCGUGCGGGGUAACGGCACGGACGAACAGAUCAAGUAUUGGCUGCAGGAGCGCGGGCUCAUCUUCGUGAAGGGCAUCUAUGGCUGCUUCGCGAUGACAGAGCUAGGCCAUGGGUCCAACGUGGCGAACCUGCAGACACGCGCUACGUACGACCCUGCGAGCGACUCGUUUGUGAUUCAGACGCCCGACCUUGUCGCGACGAAGUGGUGGAUCGGCGGUGCUGCGCACAGCGCGACGCACUCGACCGUGUACGCCCGUCUGAUCGUGGAGGGCAAGGACUACGGCGUGAAGGUCUUCGUGGUGCCUCUGCGCAACCCCAAGACCAUGGAGUUGCUGGCCGGGAUUUCCAUCGGCGACAUCGGCUCCAAGAUGGGCCGCGACGGUAUCGACAACGGCUGGAUCCAGUUUAACAAUGUGCGUAUUCCCCGUGAGUACAUGCUGAGCCGGUUUACGAAGGUGAUCCCCGGCAACCCGCCAAAGGUUGAGAUGGAGCCUCUGUUGGACUCCAUCUCCGGCUACGCCGCGUUGCUGUCCGGACGUGUGAGCAUGGUAUUGGACUCCUACCGCUUUGGCGCACGCUUCUCCACCAUCGCCACGCGGUAUGCCUUUGGCAGACAGCAGUUUGGUGACCCAACCAAUGAGACCCAGCUAAUAGAGUACCCAUUGCACCAGUUCCGUGUUCUCCCUCAGCUUGCCAUAAUAUACAUGAUGGCGCCGGGCGCGAUGAAGUUGAUGGACACAUACAACAGCUGUUUGGGUGAGUUGUACGGUGCUGGCGAUGACAAGAAGAAGUUGACUACUGUUAGCGCCAGAAUGAAGGACUUGUUUGUGGAGUCUGCCAGUUUGAAGGCCACCUGCACUUGGUUGACUUCGACGUUGAUCGACGAGUUGAGACAGACCUGCGGUGGCCACGGGUACUCCAGCUACAACGGUUUCGGAAAGGCAUACAACGACUGGGUCGUUCAGUGCACUUGGGAAGGUGACAACAACGUUCUGUGUUUGACCUCUGGUAAGUCGCUGCUCAAGAAGUUCGCUGGUAUUGUUCGUGGCAAGAAGGUGACUAUCUGUGACACCUCCAUGGACUACCUCCGCAUGGACUACAUCCAGAAGGUGGUUAUGGGCGGCACCAAAAAGGUGAGCAACUUAUCCACACUUCCAGACUACUACCAGAUCUGGUCGGUUAUCUUGGUGAAGUACUUGAAGCGCUGCGCCGAGACUGUCCGUGACAACAACGACCCAGAAUCUGUGUCCAAGCUGCUCGUGAGUAUCGCCAAGUUCCACGCAUUCUACUCUAUGCUCCAGGAGUUCCACCGCAAGUUGGCCUCUGACCAGAGCCACGUGGGCGACGCCGCAACCAAGGAGGUCUUGUGGAAGGUCUACAAGCUCUCCUCGCUCUACUUCAUCGACAAGUUCAGCGGCGAGUUCCAGCAGUUGAAGGUCAUGUCCCCAGACCAGAUGACGAACGUGCAGGAGCAGAUGUUGGCUAUCCUGCCUGAGAUCAAGACACACGCCAUCCGUCUAACUGACGCCUUCCACCUCCCUGACGCCGUGAUCAACUCAUCUAUCGGCAACUACGACGGCGACAUCUACCACAACUACUUCAACGAUGUCACCCGUGUUGCCGCCAAGGACAAGGCUCCAGGUGUGCCCCCAUACGCGGACAUGCUUGUCAACUUCUUGGCUCGUGGCGACCAGUUCGACAAUUUGAACAUCAGCGAGACCUCCUUCAAGAACCUUGGCAAGUAG